CAUUUCUUCCUCACACAAACCCACGACUUUUUAUUGUCUGAGAACAUCAUUAUCCUCUACCUAUGGAGGAGGAGAAGAAGUGGGAAUUAGAAGAAGCUCCAAUCCAUGGAGAUGUCUUAGAGGCUGUCCUAUCGCGUGUGCCUCUCAUCGAUCUCGUGCCUGCAUCCCAAGUGUCCAAGCCAUGGGAAUCUGCCGUUGUCUCCUCUCUUCGACACCUCAAUCCAAUCAAGCCGUGGCUCAUUGUCCACACUCAGACCACCCGGCACCCGUAUGCUACCACCACCCACGCGUACGACCCGCGCUCCGACCUGUGGGUGGAAAUCGAGCAGCCGCCUAUCAAGCAUGUCUCGGUUCUCCGGUCUUCUCACUCGACCCUCCUCUACAUGCAGUCCCCCUUCAAAUUCGCCUUCUCUUUCGACCCCCUCCACCUGAUGUGGCACCUCGCCGACGCUCCGAUCGCGUGGCGAACCGAUCCGAUCGUCGCUCUAGUGGGCCAACAUAUCGUCGUCGCUGGCGGCGUGUGUGACUUCGGGGACGACCCGCUCCCGAUGGAGAUCUACGACCUCCGGACCGGUAGGUGGGAAACGUGCGAGUCGCUGCCCUCCAUCCUCAAGGACUCCGCUGCUUCGACGUCGCUCUCUAUAGCCGUGGACGAGCAGAGAAUGUACGUGACGGAGAAAACCUCCGGCGUGACUCACUCUUUCGAUCCCAGCAACAAGACCUGGCAUGGAGCGUACAAUCUGCGACCUGGUACGAACGUUUUUUCCUCCGUGAUCGGAUUCCUCAACGACCGUAUGGUGGUGGUAGGCCUGAUCGGAGACGCAGAGAAUGUCAAAGGCGUAAAAUUGUGGGAAGUCAGGAAGGGAACAGAAACGGUGGAUUUGAGGGAGAUGGGUGAGAUGCCAAUGAAGCUGGUGGAAAAGCUAAAGGGCGCGAGCCCUCGUCUACGGAAUAUUGCUAUCUCGUCGAUGGGUAAUUUGGCGUACUUGCACAAUCCAUCAGAGCCAGGGGAGUUGAUCUUGUGCGAGGUAACCGACGGCGCAAAAUGCAAGUGGGGGAGUGUACGGAACGUGGUCGUGAACGAGGUCAAUCGGAUGCAGACUUUGGCGUUCACGUGUUCGAACGUAGGACUCGGAGAUUUGCAGGCGGCGUUUAGUUCUGGGGAUCGGAGAUUCAUUCGCUGUUGAUUCGUUGAAUGACCGGGAGACCGUGGACAUGCACUACCAGAGCCAUUUCCUAGGAAAUUAUUAUAUUGCAUUUGGAAUUAAACAUUAAAAAAGAAUGAUUCUCCGAUCUGUAGAUGAAGGAUGAUUCCGGAUUACGUGGCUCCAUUUGGAGUGGAGGCUUCAUUUAGUUACCGUCGGCUUUUCUUGUCUUUUGUUUGGUGAUUUGGCCUUUUUUAUUUAUUUAUUUAUUUUUCUUUUUAUUUUUUUAUCUUUUUUUUUGUUUAUAAACAUUUAUUUUUCUUUUCAUGUAUAAUAGAUGGCUAUUUCUGCUGCUUCUUUAUU